AUGCGAGCAUCGGCGAUAUUUUCCCCUUUAGUAGCUGCCUUCAAUCUUCAACAAUCAAAUGUUAUUAAUGGCGGAGUUCUUUUGGGCAAUAAAGGCUAUUUUGGUGCUUCCCUCGAAUUGCACCAGUCUCAAUCCGAGUGGACCCUUUUAAUUGGAGCGCCAACUGACAGCUCGGAAGGAUCCCUGUACAAAUGCCCCCUCAACGCGUCCGGACUCAAGCCCGAUUGCCAGAAGGUAGACGUCUCGUCAUGCGUUGAAAGCCGAAACCGUCAAAUUGCUAGACAGGGCCAAAAUGUCGAUUACUACUGGAGCUUCAACGAGACUGGGAAAAUGUUUGGCUACACGAUCGCCAGUGCUGGGCCGGACGGCGACGUAGCUGUCUGCUCUCCGAGGCUUUGGCUCUCGAAAAAUAACAAAAAGAUCAACACCCAAGUUGGCGAAUGCAUGAUACUCGACAGCUCGCUCAGGAUCAAGGACGAUCCAGAAUGUUCUUUCAACCCUUGUCUCGAUAAAACCACGCUGUCGAGUACAUCCGACCCGUCAUUGAAGAAUUAUCUUUUCUGUAACGCCGGUUUCUCGGCGGAAUGGUCGCCCACCACUAUCGGAGAUGACGCUUUGACAGCACUUUAUAUGGGCUUGCCAAAUAUGCUUCAAUAUGCAGGAAAUAUUGUGUCUGCACUGCCUACUAACACUUUGGACAACGUCUUUAUGGAUAAAUUUAUGACCUUCGACGUUGACUUGCCGAAUCCAUACACAUGGAUCUACGAGCCGCUGAUCGAAGAAGACUUCAUCAAUAAGCCGGACAAGGGGCUAUUUUCUAACUCGUACUUGGGCACCUCUUUGAAAGCAGCGAAUUUAACAUCGAACUCUCCUGGCAUCACUCUAAUUUCCGGCGGAGAUCAUCUCAAUGAAGUCAACCUCUACACUAUUGACAGUGAUGGAAAGAAAUUCAACUUGCAGUCUACAAUUCGACCGCCGGGGAAAUCAAGGGACGGUGUUCGUGGAAUAGCUGAUAUCUCCGGCUUUGGACGAGUUGUCGAAACGAUUGAUUUGGACGGUGAUGGCGAACUCGAUAUCGUCGUCGGCGCUCCACUCCAUGUUUAUAUAAAUCAGACUGAUAAGCUUAGAAGUACUGAAGGCCUGGUCCUGAUUUACCUCAGCCGUGACAAUCCAAGCUGGAGCUCUAAAAAUGACCUAGAAGGUGGCAAAUAUAUAAAACUAGAGGGUCCGUACGCAUCUCGUUUUGGUCAGAGCAUCAGAAAUGUCGGUGACAUCAAUCACGAUGGGAUCGAUGACUUAGCGAUCGCUGCCCCUGGUGAAAACAAAGUUUACAUCUAUCAUGGAAACAGAACUUUUACCGAGGAAAAUAAACAUGUUCAAGUGCUGGAAACUGAAAACAGCGAGGAAGUAAUUGGCUUUGGGUACUCAAUCACUGCCGCGGACUUCGAUGACAACGGGUACUCAGACGUGAUCGUUGGAUCUCUGAGCGAGAGCGUUUUCCUUUUCAAAUCAAGGCCGAUCAUUGAUGUUCAAUCCAAGCUAAAGCCAAAUAAGAAAUCAUUAAAGUUGGACGAAAAUGAACGCAGUAUCACGCUCGAUUUCUGUUUUUCCUUCAACGAACGCUCAAACUCUAUGAAAAAGAAUAUAAUUAUCAACUACAACAUUACUCUCGACGGUCUAAGAAGAGGACGCCCUCGUGUUUCCUUUGACAAAGACGAUGCGCAAACUGUAUUCUCUGAUGACAUCUCGCUCGAGCUUGGGAAAGAAGAGUGCGUAGAAGAUGUCAAGUUUUAUCUGCGAAAACAAGGGCAAUACGAUGACAAACUGUCACCUAUCGACGUUCGUCUGACGUGGGAUUUGGCAGGAAAGGGCCGUUCCCGACGUGCAGAAUCAUCGGACUUGAUUCCGAUUCUCGAUUCUCUCGACAGCUCCUCCCAAAAUAUUCAAAUCCAAGUGGAGAACAACUGCGGUCCCGACUUGAUCUGCAAGUCGAACUUACAGACUUUCGGAGAGUUCCAGAUGGGAGUUAAAGACAUGAAUGGGACGUUUAUGUGGAGUUCUACUAAUCCAACGAAUAAUAAAAAGCAGAACCGAAAGCAGAAACGCAGUUUAACUACAUUCACGCUUGGCAGAGAGGAACUGAUCGGCUUCCUGGUUACAAGUCGUAACAAUAAAGACGACGCCCACGAGGCGAGCUUCACAGUUCGUUACCCUAAACAUGUUCUUUAUCACGGUUACGACAAGAUCGACCCGGACAGUACCAAUGUAAAGUGCUUCAAAGAAGAGAACGACAGUGAACUGAGCAAUAGGGAUCUGUACACUUCCCUGCGUUGCGUCCUGGGUAAUCCGUUCAAGCACAACGACAAGGCACAAGUUCGCCUUCGAUUUCAAAAACAGGCAACGAUCGUCUCGCAAGACGAGAUAUCCUUUCACCUUUCGAAGAACACUACCUCACACCAGAAAGACGACGGCGAAACAGAUUACAUAAUGCGCAUCAAGCUCGAUCCAAUGCUGAAAAUCGAAACUAGCACAGUCGAUUCUGGUCAAUUCUCUUAUCGCCUAAUCCCCAAGGAUCAACAGCUUAAUAUCGACGAGAUAAAAGAAACAGAAGAGAACUUACCAAACAAAGCGUUGCUUAUUGGCCCGAAGGUUGAGCAUCGAUACAGUAUCUACACGGAAUCAAGCUUGACCAUUCCAAGAGUGGCCUUGGAGUUUCACUGGCCAAUGGAGGAGUUCAACUCGGGCGGUUUCUUACUGUAUCUCUGGGACAUCAAAAUUGACAAAAACGGAAACGACAUCGAAUGCGAGAACCUCGACAGUAAAGAUCCGCAAAAUAUACGUAAUGGAAUCCGAAGACGACGUGAAAAUCGAGAAUUCGAGUCCGCCAACCCAAAGAAGAGAGGGACCCAGUGGAUGGGUCUCAACGACUUCGAGAAAUACUCGUGCAAAAAUUCGAAAAUGAAGUGCGAAACGAUAAAAUGUGUGAUUUCGGACUUACGUCGCGGUGAAAACAUCGUUUUUGAUUUCGUUGCGUACGCAUACCGGCCAACAUUCUCCGAAUUCCUUAAUCGCAUUACUCCUAUUGACAAAGUUCUGAUAGAAAGUGAUGUGACCGUAGAUUUUUCAAGCGAAGAGAACGAAAAAGAAGCAACUUUCUUCAAGGCAGACAAUGUUGUCGCUACCAACAGUGACAUGACAGCUACAGUCAGGGUCACAGGCAUGCUAAAAUGCGUCUCAACCCUGCGAAAGAUUAUUAUCACAGUGAUACUUUGGAAACUGGGCUGCUUCCAACGAGGCGAAUACAAGUACCAACCUGAGAUGCAUCGAGCAGAGCGCAAAGUACAGCGAUCAAAAGAAGUUGCUGAAAACGAUAUUUAUUCCUACGAUCGCAAUGUGAUGCUCUUAUCAGACCAGGAUUAA